AUGGCCAUCACCAAGAUCCACGCCCGCUCGGUCUACGACUCUCGCGGCAAUCCCACCGUUGAGGUCGACAUCGUCACCGAGACUGGCCUUCACCGUGCCAUUGUCCCCUCAGGUGCCUCCACAGGCUCGCAUGAAGCGUGUGAGCUGCGCGAUGGCGAUAAGUCGAAGUGGGGCGGCAAAGCAGGCGUGACCAAGGCCGUUGGCAACGUCAAUGAUAUCAUCGCACCUGCCCUCAUCAAGGAGAGUCUCGACGUCAAGGACCAGUCCAAGGUCGAUGACUUCCUGAACAAGCUCGAUGGGACCAAGAAUAAGGAGAAGUUGGGCGCCAAUGCCAUUCUGGGUGUCAGCAUGGCUGUUGCCAAGGCUGCCGCCGCUGAGAAGGGUGUUCCCCUCUAUGCUCACAUUUCCGACCUUGCUGGUACGAAGAAGCCAUACGUGCUGCCCGUCCCCUUCCAGAACGUUCUCAACGGAGGCUCUCACGCUGGUGGCCGCCUCGCCUUCCAGGAGUUCAUGAUCGUCCCUUCUCAGGCGCCAUCGUUCACCGAGGCGAUGCGUCAGGGAUCAGAGGUCUACCAGAAACUCAAGGGUCUUGCCAAGAAGAAGUACGGACAGUCCGCGGGCAACGUCGGUGACGAGGGCGGUGUGGCUCCAGAUAUCCAGUCGCCUGAGGAGGCUCUUGAUCUCAUCUCCGAAGCCAUCGAGGCGGCCGGCUACACUGGCCAGGUCAAGAUCGCUAUGGACGUCGCGUCGAGUGAAUUUUACAACACCGAGGAGAAGAAGUACGACUUGGAUUUCAAGAACCCAGACAGCGACAAGAGCAAGUGGCUCACCUAUGAGCAACUCGCCGACAUGUACAAGUCGUUGGCUAGCAAGUACCCGAUCGUCAGUAUCGAGGAUCCAUUCGCUGAGGAUGACUGGGAGGCGUGGAGCUACUUCUUCCAGAAUUCUGACUUCCAGAUCGUUGGUGAUGAUCUGACUGUCACCAACCCCGAAUUCAUCAAGAAGGCCAUCGAGACCAAGGCUUGCAACGCGCUCCUACUUAAGGUCAACCAGAUCGGUACCAUUACCGAGGCCAUCCAGGCCGCGAAGGACGCAUUCGGUGCCGGCUGGGGUGUCAUGGUCUCGCAUCGUUCCGGAGAGACGGAAGAUGUCACCAUUGCGGAUAUCGUGGUUGGCUUGCGCGCGGGCCAGAUCAAGACCGGUGCUCCGGCAAGAUCUGAGCGUUUGGCCAAGCUCAACCAGAUCCUCCGUAUCGAAGAGGAGCUUGGCGAUCAGGCCGUGUAUGCUGGUGAGAAGUUCAGAACUGCCGUCAACAUGUAA